GCCUCUCAGCUGUCUGAACAUCUUUCCUAGAACUUUGGCCUGAACUGCGAAGUUCAUUCAGCAUUUACAUCUUCAUUUGCAUUCUGCUGCUGACAAAGAGAGGGAAAGUAGGGAUUCCUUUAGCAUAAUGAGCUCUCUCUUUCUCUGUUUCUUACUUCUCUUGCCUUCUAUGGCAGCGUGGAAUAAGGAAAUUUUCGUCUCACCGCAUGGUAACGACUCGUGGAAGUGUAGACGAGAUCAUCCUUGCAAGUCCAUCGACCGCGCUUUCGGAGAAGCUUUGAAUGGAAGCGGUGCCAAUUCAACACGAAUUCUAGUAAAAAGCGGAAAUUACACCAUGGCAAAGAGCUUCAAUUUCACAAGAGUGGAUACCUUUGCUCUUGCCGGCGAUGAGGACGGCAAGGUAAGAAUUACUUGCGAGCCACACGCAAGCAUUUCGUUCGUUCUUUGUGAAAAUAUUAUUUUCGAAAGAAUACAGCUACAAAGAUGUGGCGGAUGGCGAGAAAGUCCCGUCGGAGCAAACAAUUCGGCUCCUCUAGGACCCAAGGGUAACCGAGGUGUUCUCUUCAGGACCGUAUUGGAUUUUCGAUAUUGUAGAAACGCGCGAUUCACCAAUGUUGAGGUGUCAAACUCGCCAGGGGUUGGAAUAAACUUCUUCAAUGUUGGAGGCGUUUUGAACUUAACGAACUGCGUAUUAGCCGACAAUAAAGGGGCAAACUCCAGCAACUCAAACGGGGCGCUACAACGAUUCAUAGGGGAUGGAUAUGUGCUUUCAGGAGGUGGGGUUAUUUUAACUCUCAGCAAGUAUGGAGACAAUGUUUUUAAUGUCACACCAAGCCAACACGACUCGUUCCAACACAACAACAGCUAUAUCUUCUCGCACUGCACUUUUCUCGGAAAUGAAGCGUUUGGAUGGAAUAUAAGUAAGAUAUACGAUCAAAAGAAGGAUCCCGGUAGAUCAGAAUUUAGCUUAGGUGCAGGUUUGGCGAUAAAUUUUAAAGGCAAUGCCAGUGACUGCCAAAUUCAAAUUCAGUUUUGCUCAUUUAUUGGCAAUAAGGCUGUAUGGGGAGGAGGUCUAAACAUCAAAAUAAGAGAUGAGGUGAAAAGUAAUCAUUUCAUGAUCACGAACACCUCAUUUUGUGACAAUUCUGGGAAACUCGCCGGCGGGGGAGUUCGGAUUGGCAAUUUACAAACACGGGCUACAGUGAACUCUAAGAAUACGUUUAUCUUUGAUAAGAACUGUACAUUCACAAACAACGAAGCCAUUUGGGGCGGUGGUAUGUCACUGUAUGGAAGAUCUAUAUGGGGUUCUGUCAACACGAAGACUCCAUUCAUGGCGAAGUUCAACCUUUGUAUCUGGCGUGACAACCGAGCAACAGUAGGAUCCGCAAUAGCAGUCAUGCUUGAUAGAAAACAGGAAGUCCAGAUUGAACCGGGAAUUCCCUUUUCGAUCAGCUUCAAAGACUGCACGUUUGCAGGGAACCAAGUUGUCGCUUUAGAUGAAGGCGUUAUGAUAGGAGAAGGCGCGUUGUACAGCGAUGGAGUAACCCUUAACUUUCAAGGGAAAACUUUGUUUAUAAACAAUACGAACACGACAUUGUCCUUGGAUGGGUCGGUGGCAAAGAUAAACGAUCAUGUGGAAUUUAUGUAUAAUAGAGGUUACAGAGGAGGGGCCAUAGCAAUGCGUGGUUAUUCUAAAAUAAUUUUCCAGAAGAAUUCUAACUUAUAUUUUUACAAAAAUUCGUGUGAACACAAGGGAGGAGCAUUGUACAUUGAAACUCCUGGAUCCCCAAUGGUGGCCUUUAACGCAACUGGCGUGGACAUUCAUGACUGCUUCUUCGGAUACGAAGACGAACAAAAAGACUUUCAAAACUGGGAAACAUCUGUACUUUUCGAAGGCAAUGAAGCAGUCGAUGCUAAAAAAGGAAACUCGGUAUAUGCAACAACUCUUCAGAACUGUCGGCAGCCUGGUGAGUCUCCGAACAACAACAAAGUGCUGAAAUGGAAAUUUAUUCAUUUCAAAACUUCAGAUGGUAAGAAUUCCUCGAGAAAGGAAGAGGUAGCAACUGAUGCUGUAGACAUACUUUUUGAUCGAAAAGAUUGGGAAGUUGCUCCAGGAGAAGUGUUCAAUGCAAAGGUCCAGUUAGUGGACGAGAUAAACAACACCGUCGUUGGAAUUGUGAACAUUCAUAUCGAUAGUCCUGAUAAAGCAAAACCAGUUAAACUUGGCACAACCUCUUCGGUCUUUCUCACUGACGGAAGCAUAUCUUUCCUUAGUCUGGCUGGAGAGCCCGGGAGUGCGUUCACGGUGGUUCUGCACUACAUGGGAAGAGAAUUAUUACAGGAUAAAAUAAAAAACGUCUCUUUGCAGGGUUGCCACCCUGGCUUUGUUUAUGACCGAUCCGUUCAGAGUUGCAUUUGUAUGAAAUCACCAGGAAUAAUACGGUGUGACUUACACGAUAAAAAGACUGUUUACCUGAAGAAAGGCUAUUGGGCGGGGAAAGUAGACCAUCAAUUCACAACACAUCUCUGCCCAGAUGGAUACUGCACCACUCUGAAGUCCAUAUUUCCAGCUGAGUACAAAUAUAACGGAACGGUGUGUAAAUAUGGCAGAAACCAGACAAGUGUGCUCUGUGGCCAAUGCAAACCUGGUUACACUGUCAUGUUCGCGAGCGAACAAUGUUCAUCCGAUUGCACUAAUCGAUGGCUAUGGAUGAUUAUUGUCUAUCUAAUGGCCCUUAUCGCAGUAAGUUUUUUUGUGUUGUUGGUUAAUCCGAAUCUGUCAGGGGGACACCUAAAUGCUUGUUUGUACUCAUACCAAAUUAUGAAAAUACUUCCCCCAGAGGGGUUUAUUUUCGAUCCUUUCAUUGAAUUUCUUACUGCAUUGAGUAACAUUCAACUAGGAGUUGGAAAAGGCGUUUGUUUUGCGGCUGGUUUAAGCAAUGUUGACAAGUUAGCCAUAUCGGCUCUCUUUCCAAUCGCUGAAAUACUUCUCAUAUUGCCUUUGUUAACCUGGGUGUUAAUUAAAACUUGGAAAAGGUUCUUGGACUGGAUAGUCAAUAGACUGGAAGACAGAGAGCGUUGUUUCUGUAGAAACGUACUUGUGAGAUGGCUGAGGUUCUUGUCAGAUUCAUUCGAAAGGCGCAUAGAAAAUGGGUUUGACCAUGCCUACUGCACCAUCGUCGUAUUGUGCUAUGUCGACAUAACCAACAUUGCACUGCGUCUCUUGCAUUUCGUCCGAGUUGGUGGGCGGUGGGUGUUGUUUGAUGAUGGCAAUGUUGAAUUCUUUGACAGCGUUUGGCACGGUAUAUUCGUAAGCGGCGCUAUUCUCCUUAUGCUGUUCGUCCUUUAUAUCACGUUGAGACUUGCUAUCUACCCAGCUGAGUCAAACUUACGACUAGAAACUUUGCACGCUUGUUUUAAGCCUGGAUAUCGCUCUUUUGUGGCUUAUUACCUUGUGUGUCGACUGGUCCUCUUAGGAAUAAACACUUUCAUGCGCACUAGUGCUUUGAAAGCCUCGUUGUUGCUGUUCUUUUGCAUUUUCUUCAUGUUUGUCGUUGCAACCGUGAGACCGUACACAGAGAGAAACCAUGGCGGCAAUAGAAAUGAAGCUCUGCCAAGGACGACGCAAAGUGGUAACAGGACGGAAAAAAGACAAAGAUCUAGAGGAGCAAGUCGGGGCAUCAGUAAAACACCGGCCUCUGACAAAGAACUAACUCGUGUAGGUGCAGUUGUCAACGAAGUAGAAGAAGAACAAACAGAAGCAAAUGAAGGUAACCCUGAAGGAGAACAAAAUCUAGGUAGAGGCGUGGCAGAAAAUUCCCAACAAGCAGCAAAUCAUUACACUGCGCCUAGCGAUGAAGGAGAAGAAGCAGAGAGACCUGAUGACCAAAAACAAGAGGAAGGGGGUCAAAGAAAUGCUGGUCAAGAGAUAAUGGAAAACUUGUACAUCAACGAGUCUGACCUUGUGAUCUUAAUGACGCUGAGUGCCAUUGCAGUUUUCAGUAUUCCCACCAACAUAGAUGUCUCUGAAUCUACAAGACAUCGUCUGCAGCAGUUUGUAAGGAUUUUGGCAUAUGUCCCGCUGGUUAUGGCAUUGCUUCCAUACAUGCUCUUUUACUUACGACGCCAACUACAGUGUUAUCGCCAUAAGAGAAGGGAGCAUCAUGGGGAACAUCAUUUCUCUCAGCGACAUGCACAGGAUAUAUCACCUGUGCCACCUUCCUGUGUACCUGAGCGUAGCGCCAAACGACAGGAUGAUCGUUUGGAAGAGCAAACUCCUCUGAUAGGAAACAGAGAAGACACAGAUUCUGACCACCGCACAAAAUUUUAUACAGCCCACUCGAGCCCGCCCAUUUCUUCGCUUCCUAUGUAAGCAAGUUGCCGGAGAUGAAAUGGUACUUAGCUGCCAAUUCAAGAAGCUGACGUUUCACUGAUUUGGAUUAAAGAAGAAUUGAACUAGUUUCUAACUGACCAAAAAAAAUUCGGCUUUUGACUCCUUGAUUCUUUACUAAUACUUUGUUGUUUUGGGGGACACUUACAGUCUGUUUUCCUCUAUAAUAGUGAUUUCACUUCAACCAAAAAGAAACUGUCUGGUGAUCAGAAUUAUUUCAUUUGCAAUCAGCGAUCUAUUAUAGCAUGCGUGGCACAGUUAGAGAUAAAACUUUUAUUUGGGACUGAUCAUUAAUUGUUUUUAUGUCGACAUGACUCACUAGAACCUGCAUUAUAACAUAACCAAAGUAAAGCGCGCGCUCUGAUUGGUCAAAUUAGCGUCCCCCAUUUGCCCAUGGGUG